UGCGCGACAAUGCCUUCUUAGCGUUGUCUGUUGCCACGCAGGACACGGAUGCAGCCUACCUGAAUAAAGCAGAGCUGGAAGCCAAACUCGACGGACUGUCUGAUGAGCUUGACUUCCUGAGGCAGAUCUUUGAUGCCGAAAUCCAUGAGCUACAGAGUCAGAUCAAGGACAUAUCCGUUGUGGUGGAGAUGGACAACAGCCGUAACCUCGACAUGGAUGCCAUCGUUGCUGAAGUGCGCGCCCAGUAUGAAGACAUUGCUAAUCGAAGCAGAGCUGAGGCUGAAUCAUGGUACCAAAACAAGUAUGCCGAUUUGCAGCAGACUGCUGGGAAAUGCGGCGAAGAUCUGAAGUUAACCAAGGCGGAGAUUGCUGACAUGAACCGCAGAAUAAUGAGGCUCCAGUCCGAAAUCGACAUGGUUAAAGCGCAGAUAAAAAAUUUAGAGGCCCAGAUCGCCGAGGUUGAGGAGCGCGGAGAGCUGGCAGUGAAGGAUGCCCAACUCCGCAUCAGAGAGCUGGAGGAGGCUCUUCAGAGGGCCAAGCAGGACAUGGCCCUGCAGGUCCGCCAAUACCAGGAACUGAUGAACAUCAAGCUUGCACUGGACAUUGAGAUCGCCACCUACAGGAAACUUCUGGAGGGAGAAGAAGACAGGUUGGCAACAGGAAUCAAGACCAAUGUGUCCAAG